GGUUGUUCACGGUCCAGUAGGUGUCUCCACGGCCACGUUUUUGUCAUAUUGACUUGAAACGUGUCCCCAAAAGUAGCCUAUGACAGACAGACACACACACACACACACGCACACACACACCCUUCUGUCGUGGCGGGUACGAUCAAAAAAAUAAUAUGUGCAUUGCUUUGCUAUAAACAUAUAUAUUGUAACAUUGUUAAAGUAAAAAGUGCACAUCGGCUCGCAUGCUGUAACGACGGAAGUGUUUCCGCAUCGGGACUCGAACCCUCUCGCGCGCGUGUUCCGCGGCGGCCCGCCCCUCACGGUGUGGCGCGUCCUGACGCUUUUCCACGUCGCCGCGCUCGUCUCACAGGCGAGCCCGCUGCGUCUGUAUGCGUGUCUCCAGCUAGGCCAGAGAGCGAUGGCGGCGCCCGUCCUGAGAGUGUCCACCCCUCGGUGGGAGAGAGUGGCGAGGCUCCUCGUCUGCCUGCUGGGCAUCCUGCUGUCUCUGUACGCCUUCCACGUCGAGAGGGAGAAGGCCCGCGAUCCCAGCUACGCGGCUAUGUGCGACGUCAGCAGCUCCGUCAGCUGUUCGAAAGUGUUCAGCUCAAGGUGGGGUCGAGGAUUUGGACUCCUGGGCUCAAUUUUUGGAAAUGACAGUGCACUGAAUCAACCCAACAGUGUCUAUGGGCUUGCCUUUUAUGCCUUUCAGCUCCUACUAGGAAUGACUGUCAGUGCAAUGGCCGCCCUUAUUCUCAUGACGACAUCCAUCUUGUCGGUGGUGGGCUCGCUCUACCUGGGCUACAUCCUCUACUUUGUCCUCAAGGACUUCUGCAUCAUCUGCAUCACCACAUACGCUCUGAACUUCAUUCUCUUUAUUCUCAACUACAAGCGACUGGUUUACUUGAAUGAGGCCUGGAAGCAGAAGCUCCAGACUAAGCAGGACUAAGCUGUUGAGAACGGCAAGAAAAACAACAACAAACAAACAACAAAAAAAGAAAUGACCUCUGAACAUUUGACUUGCCACCAGGAGACCUUGCUUCCAAACAAUGUUUAUUCUGCUGUGUUCAAAAAAAAAAUGAAGAAAUUUAACUUAAAUGUUGGGCCUGACAUCUCAGUGUUGAUUGCGAACAUGGAAGGAUUUGUAAGUGAAAGAUGAUUUUCUUUUUCAAUGUCUUUUAUUUACCUUGUUUAACAUUGUACUCACUUACGGAGGGGGCUGGCUAUGUGUGUGUUGGGAAACACCACAACACGAGCAAGCCGAAGCAGAGGGCCACAGAAUGACGGAGGCCCGCUCUCUUUUGAACAAAAAGGAUCGCAGAAUGGAAGAAAAAAAACGGGACAUCUAAAAGGGGUUUACUUGACAUGGUUAGCAAAGGUCCUGCACAGCAGAUCUGCACUAAAACGUGUAACCGAAUAAUGGGGCCCAAAAUUAGACAGUUUGCAGAUGAGGCUCUAUGGCAGGGUGGGCGGACAACACGAGUAAGUUUAUACAGAAUAGUUUGUCUUUUUUUUCUUAUGUUUACACUUUGUAGAAUAUUCUUUUUGAAGAGGACCACUAAAAAUAAACAUGGGACUGUGAGAUAUCGUA